GUUUUGUAACGAGGUUCGCAUUUGCUCGUAGAAAAUACUCAGUUACGCUGGAUGCAGUAAGAUAAAAUCAAUAAGGACGGUUUGCUGGAAACGUAAAACAAUGGCCACUCUACUGCCCAAACCGGUCGAUCCGGAGGAAGUGGCCAAGCAGAAUGAAAAGGCAAAGAAAGGCGGCGUGUUCUUCCCUGGUUCUGACUUGGACGAAGUAGCAAAGCAUUUCAUCGGGAACAAUCACCGGUACCGAGAGAACAUCAUUAUUCCGAAGAUGUACGGCGCGGUACAGAUUAAAACCAACGAGGAAAAACUCGUGGAAGCUGCCUUUGAGAGCUGUGCGUUCAAAUCGUUGAUGAGUUGUGUUCUGGGGUACGGUUUGGGUGCAGCUAUCGGACUGUUCAGCUCGUCCGUUAACCCGAGCAUUGCCGAUCCAAUGGCCGCCGACAGACAGCAAACAGCGAAAGAAAUCUUUCGUGAGAUGCGACAAGCAACGCAUUCGUAUGGUAAAAAUUUCGCUGUUAUCGGAGCGGUCUUUGCGGCCGUAGAGUGUGUCAUUGAAUCGAAACGAGGAGUAUCCGACUGGAAGAACGGAACUUAUGCUGGUGCAGUGACUGGAGGCUUGAUCGGUUUAAGAGCCGGCGUCAAAGCAGGAAUUGUUGGUGCAGCAGGUUUUGCCGCUUUCUCGACCGUUAUAGAUUACUAUAUGAGGCAUAGAUAAACAUUCAAAGUAAAUGUUUAAUGUACAAUAUAAAUAGUUGCUUCCUAGCGUGUUACUCAAUAAAAUAACCA